GAAGAAGAAGAAAGUGACAUACUUCCUUUAGCCCAGUCGCUGUCCGGUCAUGUUGGUGUUCUCGGAGGAGAAAAAAAAUCAAACUUUAACGGACAUUCUUGAAGACAGGCAACAUCAAAGCGUGUGAGGCAACCCGCGAACACAGUGACUCGUUAAACUUUGUUCUCAACUUUUAUUCAGCUAACGUUAUAUAGUUUUCCUGUCGAGGUGCCUCAGAAGAUAACGCUAUGGCCAAGGUACAAGUCUUAAAUGUUGCUGUUCUGGACAACCCGAGCCCAUUUGGAAAUCCAUUUCAGUUCGAAAUAACGUUUGAAUGCAUGGAGGAUUUACCGGAAGAUCUGGAGUGGAAGAUCAUCUAUGUGGGAUCGGCUGAGAGCGAGGAAUACGACCAGGUUUUGGACUCUGUUCUAGUUGGCCCGGUACCGGCUGGCAGACACAUGUUUGUGUUUCAGGCUGAUGCUCCUAACACAGGGCUGAUUCCAGAGAGCGACGCUGUAGGAGUGACUGUAGUCCUUAUAACCUGCACUUACCGUGGACAGGAGUUUAUUCGUAUCGGUUACUAUGUCAACAAUGAAUACACAGACCCUGAACUACGGGAAAACCCACCUCUCAAACCAGACUACACUCAGCUUCUGCGGAAUAUCUUGGCCUCCAACCCCCGUGUCACCCGCUUUCAUAUCAACUGGGAGGGCUCGGCAGACAAGAUGGAGGACAGCGAGAACGUUGACCCGUCCCCCAACAUUAGUGGCAUGCUCCCUCCCUCCUGUUUACCAGGAAAGAUGCCACCUCUUGGACUGAUGCCGGACAACUCCAUGGACUGCAUUUAAGAAUCCUCAGACUAGGAUAAUGGACGAAAUGGUCUUCUUAACUGUACACUCACCCACAUCGCAAACGUAACAUGGACAUUAAAAGGAAGCAGGGAUAUGGCAGCAGGGACACUUUUUUUUUUUUUUUUUUAUACAACAUACACAAAUGGGAUGGAUCUGGAAUUGUUACGAACUGUUUUUGUCUCUUGUGCACUCUUUCAACACAGACCUGCACAACCAACAUUGCCUUAUUUUACCGUAUCCCCUGAGCCAGAGUAAGGUUGAGUCAUAAGGGGGGGGGGGGAGAUGUUAAAAUCGCCAUAUCCUCACAGCCCUGAUACUUGGAAGUCAUGCUCAUACACUGACGUUGACCUGUUUGUUACCCAUACCCGUACUGUGCUGUUCAUUUUGUCCUUUUGAGCACAGAUCAAAGCAACGUGCAGUGCUCUGUAUGUCCGAAUAGAUGUAGCACUAGCUGCCCGUAAAAAAGCAUUUUGUUGUUCUGAAGGUUUGUCUCAUCUGAGGUAAGUUUGUAGCAUCUGGAGUACCUGUGGAAAUAAUCUUGGGCUUGAAAAAUGGGCUGCCUCCAGUUGCCUGUUGCCAGAAGUAGCUUUAAUUACUAUUAUCUGGUUAGCUUGUGCAGCAUACAACCUUCUGUUUGCAAGUUUUACCCUUAAGUUAUCCAGAUAACUCCCUAAACCCACCUCUUCAAACAGGCCCCAGUGCAGGUAAUGUUCUUUAAAAUGUUACUUAAAAUGUCUGUCUGUAAUUAUGCACAAAACAUGUAAGUAAAGGAGACAAAUGAGAAAAGGAUGCCCUAUUGCAGUCAAAUUGUUGGUGGUUUAGGCUUAUUGUAAAUAAUGUUUUCCCAGCGCUUAUUUUGUCUUCAAGAUGAGAAGGCAUAUUUCCUUUUUGUACUUACUAUAUAUUCUCUGUCUCAGUAUUUGUAACAACAGUAUUGGGGUUAAUAAAGUUUGUUUUGUGGA